CUUAAGGCGGCAGUAGUUAUUUUGUGUGUUUUCGUUUGUGCUUGUAAUCUUACAAAAAGUGUAUAUGCAACUCAAACCAUAAAUUGCUAUCGAAACGACGUGCAUUUUGAUGGGUAAUUACUUCUAAAAACACUUUUAAAAUUAAUCAAUCAACUAACAGCCAGUUACAACUUGCAAAUAUCAUUCAAAAAUAUGGCGGCAAUGAUGGAACCCAAUUCCCGAGAGAGAAGCGAGUCACUUAUUUGUGUCAUUUGCACGGAUAAUUUGGAUGAUCCGCACGCAUUACCAUGUGGACAUUCUUAUUGUGGACCUUCAAAAAACUGUUUGAGAAUUCUACAGCAAAGAAUGGGAACUCGCAGAGUUCUAAAGUGUGCCAUCUGUAGCACGGAUCAUUGCCUACAAAUUCAAGAUCUGAAACCCUUGUAUGGGAUACGGGAGCAUUUAGAAGAAACUUCAUCGCAGAUCAAUAAAUAUCGACAGGAAAUAGAAGAGCUGAAACAAAAAAUGGAAAAUAUGCAGCAGAAUAGUUCAUUUGAACCACCAGUUUGCUCGCAUAGCUUAUGCCAAAACUAUGUUUCUUUCUGGUGCAGACAGUGUGAAGUUGAAAUUUGUGACGAUUGUUUGGAAACAGAUCAUGAUAUGCACUCAAUAUUAGUGUUCAAGAAGCACUUGAGGAAUGAAGUCCAAAAGAAGCUAUCAAGACUUCAAUUAAAGAAAAAUGGCGAAUUAGAAGGUUCUGCACUUCUCAAGAAGCUCGAUGAGAAGAUAGAUAGAAUUAAUCGAAAACUUGUGUACUUUCGCAAUUUGGAAACUGAAGUAAGGUCUGUGAAGAAAAUCACCGAUGACCUUUCAAAACAUUUAGACGAUAUUGAAAAAUUCGCUCAAGGUACUGCGGAUUGUUCGUUUGAAUUAGUGCAAAAGUUUAUUGAGAAAUAUUGCGAGUACCCUGAAAUAAACAUUGAAAAUCACGCGUCAAUUGAACCUCGAAAAAUGGAUCCCGAGCACUUUACGUCGAGAGUCGACUUCCCGUUAAAAGACCUUAAACAGACCCUACCCGAGUUUAAUAUAACGAAAUGGUCACCGCCAUUGCGCUUAGGAGGUUUUACCUUCAAAAUAGGUUUUACUAAGACACAUAGCACGGAACUAGCCAACUGGCCGAUGUUGAAUUUUCAUAUUCGAAAUCUGGGAGAAGAAGGUGGCUCACACUUCAGGACUGUCAAACUUGGUGUUAUGAAUCCUGUUUCAUCCAAACCACACUUCGAGGAACAAAUCGACGUCAAUGAUUGUACAUCGGUAAUAUAUUCAAUAGAUUGGGCACUUUUGUUUAGAAAACAUUUGCACUGGCUGGACGAAAAUGGGACUCUUUUAGUGUAUUGUACGACAACGUAA